AAAUGGAGACCAUUUUAGAGCAACAACGUCGCUACCAUGAGGAAAAGGAAAGACUUAUGGAUGCUAAAACAAAAGAGAUGAUGCAUAAAAAAACUACGCUACGCGAACAGAUCAACUCUGACCACAGAACAAGGGCGAUGUUGGAUAGAUUUAUGGAAGUAAGUGGAAAUCUGCGAGACUCCUAUGAAGACAAAGAUGGAAUGAGGAAAGAUGAACUCAAUGCAAUCUCGGGACCAAAUGAGUUUGCGGAAUUCUACAAUCGGCUGAAACAGAUAAAGGAGUUUCAUAGGAAGCACCCAAAUGAGAUUUGUGUGCCAAUGUCUAUGGAAUUUGAUGAGCUGGUAAAGGCUAGGGACAACCCCACCGAGGAGUCUCAAAACAUGGUGGAGUUCACCGAUGAGGAAGGCUACGGACGCUACCUGGAUCUCCACGACUGCUUCCUGAAGUUCACCAACCUGAAGGGAGCCGACAGAAUUGAGUACAUCACUUACCUUUCUUCCUUCGACCAGCUGUUUGACAUCUCUAAAGACAGAAAGAAUGCCGAGUACAAAAAAUACCUGGAGAUGCUCUUGGAGUACCUGCAGGACUACACAGAGCGGGUGAAGCCCCUACUGGACCAAAACGAGCUGUACGGCAAAGUGCUGGGGGAGUUUGACAAAAAGUGGGAGAACGGCACCUUUCCAGGCUGGCCUAAAGAGACGAGCAGUGCUUUGACCCACGCUGGAGCUCACUUGGACCUCUCUGCUUUCUCUUCUUGGGAGGAGUUGGCCUCCUUGGGUCUGGACAGAUUGAAGUCUGCCCUGAUGGCUUUGGGGCUCAAGUGUGGAGGGACUUUAGAGGAGAGGGCUCAGAGGCUUUUCAGCACCAAGGGCAAGUCACUGGAAUCACUGGAUCCAUCCCUCUUUGCCAAGAAUCCCAAAGCCAAGGGACCAAAGAAGGACACAGAGCGCAACAAGGAGAUUGGUUUCCUGGAAGCCCAGAUAUACGAUUAUGUGGAGAUUCUUGGGGAGCAGAGGCACCUGACCCACGAGAACGUGCAGCGGAAGCAGGCCCGCACGGGUGAGGAGCGGGAGGAGGAGGACGACGAGCAGCUGAGCGAGAGCGAAAGCGAGGACGAGGACAACGAGAUCAUCUACAACCCCAAGAACCUGCCCCUCGGCUGGGACGGAAAGCCCAUUCCGUAUUGGCUCUAUAAACUCCACGGUCUGAACAUCAACUACAACUGUGAGAUCUGCGGAAACUACACCUAUAGGGGGCCCAAGGCCUUUCAGAGGCACUUUGCGGAGUGGCGCCACGCCCACGGCAUGCGCUGCCUGGGGAUCCCCAACACCGCCCACUUCGCCAACGUCACCCAGAUCGAGGACGCCGUUUCUCUGUGGUCGAAGCUGAAGUCUCAGAAGGCCUCCGAGAGAUGGCAGCCCGAUACAGAGGAGGAAUAUGAAGACUCAAGUGGAAACGUGGUCAACAAGAAGACCUACGAGGAUCUGAAGAGACAAGGCUUGCUGUAAAUUUCAUAGAGGGAAUAAAUCAUCAAUGGAGUACUAAACAUGAAAAGAAACAUAACUUCUAUGGAGUCGCUUCCGAAAUUUUCCCUUUUUUUUUAUUUUUUUCAGACUAUCUUUUUUUUUUGUAAUAAGUCAAGUGCUUUUUAAGAUGUCCUACCAUACAUCAUUGGUCCCUUUGAUAACUGUAAUGUGGAUUCUUAUUAUUCAUUAUAAUAAACAUUUUUGUCACUACCGUUUGUAUCUACU